AUGCCUCAAGCUAAAGUCAGUGAGCAGCUUCUACUGCACCAUGUCACUAGUCACUGACAAAACCUAUUACAGCCAGGGAAAAAUGUUUCAGGAUUCUUUGAUUCUAUGGUGUAUUCUCACCCCCUCUGUCUGUCUUUCUCUGUGUAUUUCUUUAUAGUCAAAUGGAAUCUAUAAAUUAUUUAAAUCAGGGAUGGGCAACUGGCAACACUUUUUUAGGCCCACGGAUCAGUUCCCAAAAGUUUGUUUUUGUAAAAGAAAAAAAGGAACUCAGUCGGGGUCUCAACUUACUGUAAUUGAAUACACAAGGUGCAAUUUCUAAAUUUGGUUGUGUAUCAGCAGUUUUUCUCUUGUUAUGUCAGUCACUAACCAAAAAAUCAUUACAGCUGUGAUGGAAACAGGAAGUUUCAGUACAAUUUUAUAAAUGCCGACAGAUCAUUUGUUCGUUCCACAUGGUGGGGUCUUUUUGUGUCUGCAAAAUUAAUGAUGCGAGAAAUGGCAGUGGAAACGCUUUUAUGCGCAAAUAUUGAUAUAAUAAUGUGAUGUCAUGUCUAGCAUAUUUUGUUUUGGUCGACAUUUGGAAAGUUUACCAACAAAUUAGCUGUUCCCAUCAGGCCUGUUGUGAAAUUUUUUAUCCGACGUACUUUACGUGCAAUUUUUUUAUUUAUAGAAACCUGGUUGGUAACUCAAUUAGCCCAUGUCAGCGAAAACAUUUUAGAUUUUUAGUCAUUUAGCAGACACUCUUAUCCAGAGCGACUUACAGGAGCAAUUAGGGUUAAGUGCCUUGCUCAAGGGCACAUCGACAGAUUUUUCACCCAGUCGGCCCGGGGAUUAGAACCAGCGCCCUUUCGGUUACUGGCACAACGCUCUUAACCACUAAGCUACCUGCCGCCCCAUUGGUCAAUUAGUCUAGCCAGCUAUCUAAACGUGUAGUAAUCAUGGUCGAAUUACUGACUGGGAGGCCCAUAUUGAUUCUGUUAGUCACUCUCACUCAGAUAUAAUUUUUAAAACCGCAAACAUUUCUCUCCACCUUAUGGCAAAAUGUGUAGAUUUGCAGAAAAUUAGCUGUAAAACUGCUAAUUUCUAUCUUCGCCCCAUGGCAAAAUGAGUAGAAUUGCAUUAAAUUAGUUCGACAAAUUAGUUAGAAAAUCUUUUCUCCACCCCAAUGGCAAACUGUGUAGAAUGGCAGCAGACUUACUUUAAAACGGCAACAUUUUCUCUACGCCCCAUGGAAAAAUAUGUAGAAUUUGGGGGAAAUUAACCUUAAAAUGUUUUUCUCGCAAGCCAAUGAAUCAUCAGAUAUUACAUAAUUUGAUUGGUGGACGUUGUCGACAGUUCGGUAGAUCAGAUAUGACAGAUCUGGGUAGUAGGCUAUGUGGGCAUCCCUGGAGUCCGUGGCAACCCCAGGAUGUUGUCAGACAAUCAGCAGAAAGGAGAGUUGUGAAACACACUGCUGGGACCUCAGAGGGAGAUGAGAGGCUGCAUAUUAGAGUGAGACUGAUUGUCCCUUUGUGCCAAACUGUUAGUGAGAUUACAUUAUUCUGUAUCUGAUGUGGCUCAUUUCACCACUUGAGUUAUAAAGAAAUUACCCACAAGCAAUAAUUCAUUCAGUGAAGUAUUUUACAUAUAUAACAGUUAUAAGUACUAUACUUUACCAGUACUAUUACUAGGGUAUAAUGUAUAGGUACUGUAAAGACUUAGGGCUGUAAAGAUGUGCUGCUCUCGUAGUUGAUAAACUGUAUAUUGACAACCAAAUGUUCCGCGACACAAAGACUACUCCAUGGCUAUUCUGAAAGUUCUAAUAGAGGAGUCGAAUAAUGGAACACCCAAUACUAGCCAUGGUAGGGAUUGCAAUAAUAAAACACAUUUAUAGUAUUUUAUAAAGGGAUAAGACGGUAUUACAAGAAAGGAUAACAAGCGAAAUAAUACAUCUUCAAAUAUAACUAAUUAGAACACAAGUACUCAACAUAGUGGAGAUAAAAACAUAGCAAACAGAAGACAUAGAAGGCACAGUAUGUGGGUAUGUGUGGAUGUAUUGUGAUGGAAGGUGUGGUGUGCAUUUUUGUGUUUGGAAAAGUGUGGCAUUAAGUGAGUGAGAAAGGAAAUUGUUUUAUACCCCAGAACCAACGUGUGUUUGUGAGCAGGGGUUGUGAGAGAGAGCUUUCAAUUUUGUGCAGAUGAGGGAUAUACAUUUUAAAAUAAAGUAUCCAUCUAAUCUAUUAUUUUAUUGUCCUAUCAUGAUGGAACGGUCCCCAACCCUAUAUCCUAGACACCCAUCUGAGCAACCAAAAAGAAGUCCCCAUCUGUUUUAUGGGGCUGCUGUAGGUUACCUAUAUGCAGCCAAAAAGAUAAAUGCGGUCAGAGACCUACUAGAGCAGCAACGUCCCCACAAGAUUCUGAGCCUGCCUGGCAGGGUUGGUCCAACAAAGCCAGAGCCCCCUGAUGGGAGAGCAUAAUAUACAAGGAAAUUCUCAAAGCUGCUAAUGAGAACAUUGACGACCUUGUACCUAGCCGGUGGGGAUUCCGGUGGGGUACCCCCACCCAGGUAGUGGCAGUGCUGGCAACACUGGCUGCAGUAACCCAUGGGGAGGGGGUCACACUCGGACAAUCAGAGAGGGGGCAUAUUAUUGUGGCCCUGGUGGCACAAAAUAAUCAAAGGUCUGACUGCUUGGAGAUGCUUGGGAAAAACGGUUACAACGGGGGACCAGAGUGUUUGUGUCUCAGGGGAAGAGGGUGGAUCUGAUCUCCAUCACCUAGGACUUGACAUAGGCUAAUCAAAUCUCACAUUUUGGUCAAUUUUUGCUCAAUCUUGCAUGCUUUCUCAAACAGCUGUAACUGUAUAUGCAUUUGUAAAUCAGGUCCUUUCUUGAGUUGGGCUUUGGGAUGUAACAACCGUUGAGCAUCUGAGCUUAUGGUUGAUUGUGGAGGAAAGGGGUUGAGUGUGUUAGAGUACGUGUGUGUGUGUGUAUCCCACAUCUGUUGCAAGGGGGUAAGGAUGUUAUGGCGAAUAUAGGAUGAUCCACAAUAAUUGUUUGCUAAAAUAAUAAUUGCUUGACAAAAAUCUAAUUUUAUUUGUCACAUACACGUGUUUAGCAGGUGUUAUUGUGGGUGUAGAGAAAUGCUUGUGCUUCUAGCUCCGACAGUGCAGUAAUAUCUAACAAGUAAUAUCUAACAAUUUCACAACAUAUACUCAAUACACACAAAUCUAGUAAGGAAUGGAAUUGUAAUGUAAUACAAUGGCAAUCCGGGUUAUAGGUAACAAUCCUUUACAUGAACUGCCAACAUUAUUACGCAUAUUAAUUGAUAAUGAUGGAAAUUAAGAUAUGCAAGAUAUUUGAAUAGAUACAGUUGAAGUCGGAAGUUUACAAACUCCUGAGCCAAAUACAUUUAAACUCAGUUUUUCACCAUUCCUGACAUUUAAUCCUAGUAAAAAUUCCCUGUCUUAGGUCAGUUAGGAUCACCACUUUAUUUUAAGAAUGUAAAAUGUCAGAAUAGUAGUAGAGAGAAUGAUUUAUUUCAGCUUUUAUUUCUUUCUUCACAUUCCCAGUGGGUCAGAAGUUUACAUACACUCAAUUAGUAUUUGGUACCAUUGCCUUUAAAUUGUUUAACUUGGAUCAAACGUUUCGGAUAGCCUUCCACAAUAAGUUGGGUGAAUUUUGGCCCAUUCCUCCUGACAGAGCUGGUGUAACUGAAUCAGGUUUGUAGGCCUCAUUGCUCGCACACGCUUUUUCAGUUCUGCCCACACAUUUUCUAUAGGAUUGAGGUCAGGGCUUUGUGAUGGCCACUCCAAUACCUUGACUUUGUUGUCUUUAAGCCAUUUUGCCACAACUUUGGAAGUAUGCUUGGGGUCAUUGUCCAUUUGGAAGACCCAUUUGCGACCAAUCUUUAACUUCCUGACUGAUGUCUUGAGAUGUUGCUUCAAUCUAUCCACAUAAUUUUCCUUCCUCAUGAUGCCAUCUAUUUUGUGAAGUGCGCCAGUCCCUCCUGCAGCAAAGCGCCCCCACAGCAUGAUGCUGCCACCCCCGUGCUUCACGGUUGGGAUGGUGUUCUUCAGCUUGCAAGCAUCCCCCUUUUUCCUCCAAACAUAACGAUGGUCAUUAUGGUCAAACAGUUCUAUUUUUGUUUCAUCAGACCAGAGGACAUUUCCACCAAAACUACGAUCUUUGUCCCCAUGUGCAGUUGCAAACCGUAGUCUGGCUUUUUUAUGGCGGUUUUGGAGCAGUGGCUUCUUCCUUGCUGAGCCGCCUUUCAGGUUAUGUCGAUAUAGGACUCGUUUUACUGUGGAUAUAGAUACUUUUGUACCUGUUUCCUCCAGCAUCUUCACAAGGUCCUUUGCUGUUGUUCUGGGAUUGAUUUGCACUUUUCGCACCAAAGUACGUUAAUCUCUAAGAGACAGAACGCGUCUCCUUCCUGAGCAGUAUGACGGCUGCGUGGUCCCAUGGUGUUUAUACUUGCGUACUAUUGUUUGUACAGAUGAACGUGGUACCUUCAGGCGUUUGGAAAUUGCUCCCAAGGAUGAACCAGACUUGUGGAGGUCUACAAUUUUUUUUCUGAGGUCUUGGCUGAUUUCUUUGCAUUUUCCCAUGAUGUCAAGCAAAGAGGCACUGAGUUUGAAGGUAGGCCUUGAAAUACAUUCACAGGUACACCUCCAAUUGACUGAAAUUAUGUCAAUUAGCCUAUCAGAAGCUUCUAAAGCCAUGAUAUCAUUUUCUGGAAUUUUCCAAGCUGUUUAAAGGCACAGUCAACUUAGUGUAUGUAAACUUCUGACCCACUGGAAUUGUGAUACAGUGAACUAUAAGUGAAAUAAUCUGUCUGUAAACAAUUGUUGGAAAAAUUACUUGUGUCAUGCACAACGUAGAUGUCCUAGCCGACUUGCCAAAACUAUAGCUUAUAACAAUACAUUUGUGGAAAACUAGUUUUAAUGACUCCAACCUAAGUGUUUGUAAACUUCCGACUUCAACUGUAUAUUGAGGUGAGAGCAUUGGAAAUGCUUUUGGCGGUUGACCUGCUUCUGUUUUGUGGGUGGCACUGUGUGCUGUUUUCGAAGGAUGGGUCCUGGCCUCUCGGGGGGCCUAAGGAUCCGGAGGGACGGGGGUGGUAUGCCGAUCACUGGGAUGACAACCCAACUUGGGAUGGGGAGGGGCUUUAGCGGGGGGAAUAUUGGAGAACAAUUUGAGGGUUACUUAGUAGCAAUGCAAAUAUCAUGGUACAGCUAUAUGGACACUCAAUCACUAUGGUAUUUUUUAUUGGGUAAAUUUACAAACAUAUAUUAUGAUAAAUAGAUUUUAAACCUGUAUCUCAUUAUGGUAAGUGGUGAAAUAUGUAUAGCCAGUUAUAAUUGUAAUGGCUUAGCAGAUAAUAACAAAAGAAGAACAAUAUUUACAUGGCUCAAAGAGAAGGAUAUACUUCUCCCAUGGGCAAAGAAACUCAAAAGGGGUGUUGAUAUUAAUUAACAGUAAUUUUGAUCCAAAUGUGCAAAUUGUCCAAACAGAUCCACAAGGUAGAUGGAUGAUUUUAAAUAUGUUAUUGGACCAUAAACAGAUAUGGCUCAUUUAACCUUUACAGACCAAACAAUGAUGAUCCACACUUCUUUGACAAUAGAUAUAUAAUAAAUUAUCAACCCUGCAAGCGAUACAAGACUCUAUUAUUAUGGUGGGAGAUUAUAAUACUGUUUUAAGUAGCUCAAUGGACCGUAAAGGAAAUCACACUACACACUAUCACCCUCAUGCUCUUAAGGAAAUCAUGAAUGUCAUGGAUACAUUAGAAUUAGUAGAUAUAUGGAGGCUUAAACAUCCUGACCUAGUGAGAUAUACAUGGCAGAGACUCAAUCAAGCUAGUCGUCUUGACUUCUUUCUUAUGUCAUUCUCGUCGGUACCAAAAGUUUCAAAUGUGUUGAUAGGGGACAGAAUGUGGUCGGACCAUCAUAUAAUAGGCAUAUACAUUACUCUUACUGAAUUUCCACGUGGGCGAAGAUAUUGGAAAUUUAAUCAAAGCCUAUUGGAAGAUAACUUGUUUUUAACUAGGACAGAGGAAUUUAUAACUGAUUUUUUUCUGACAUAACAUAGGUACAGCAAAUCCCCUUGUUGUAUGGGACACUUUUAAAUGUGCCUUUAGAGGCCAUGCAAUUCAGUACUCAUCUCGAAAACAAAAGCAAUUUAGGUCAAAAGAGUCCAUACUAACAAAGGAAAUAGAAGGUCUAACAGAACAGAUAGAUAGCAAUAAAAACUGUAACAUAGAGGCUCAGAAUAAAUUAGAGGAAAAACAAAAAUAAAUGGAGAAACUUAUUCAAGAAAGAUCAAGUGUAAUAUAUUAUAAAAAUAAAGCAAACUGGAUGGAAUAUGCGGAAGAAUGCACCAAAUUAUUUUUUAAUCUUCAACAUAGAUAUGCUACCAAAAAUAAUUUACUCAAACUGGUUACAAAUGAUGGAGUCACCCAUGAUUCACCAAAUUAUAUUUUGAAGGAGGAAGCAAAGUACUUUAAGCAUAUGUUUUCGUUUCAGCGCCUCCAUCUCCUCUAACUGAAGCUAAUUGUAUGGAUUUUUAAAAAAUUGAUAAUGUAAAAUUAACAGCCAUACAGAAAGACUCAUGUGAAGGUGAAAUUACAGAGGAGGAACUUCUGGAUGCAAUUAAAGACUUUAAGUCCGGGAAAACUCCAGGGUCGGAUGGCAUACCAGUCGAGGUAUACCAAACCUUUUGUGAUAUACUCAGAGGACCGUUAAUAGCAUGUUUUAACCACUCCUAUGUACAGUGAGGGAAAAAAGUAUUUGAUCCCCUGCUGAUUUUGUACAUUUGCCCACUGACAAAGACAUGAUCAGUCUAUAAUUUUAAUGGUAGGUUUAUUUGAACAGUGAGAGACAGAAUAACAACAAAAAAUCCAGAAAAACGCAUGUCAAAAAUGGGAAAAGGGAAAUAAGUAUUUGACCCCUCUGCAAAACAUGACUUAGUACUUGGUGGCAAAACCCUUGUUGGCAAUCACAGAGGUCAGAUGUUUCUUGUUGGCCAACAGGUUUGCACACAUCUCAGGAGGGAUUUUGUUCCACUCCUCUUUGCAGAUCUUCUCCAAGUCAUUAAGGUUUCGAGGCUGACGUUUGGCAACUCGAACCUUCAGCUCCCUCCACAGAUUUUCUAUGGGAUUAAGGUCUGGAGACUGGCUAGGCCACUCCAGGACCUUAAUGUGCUUCUUCUUGAGCCACUCCUUUGUUGCCUAUGCCGUGUGUUUUGGGUCAUUGUCAUGCUGGAAUACCCAUCCACGACCCAUUUUCAAUGCCCUGGCUGAAGGAAGGAGGUUCUCACCCAAGAUUUGACGGUACAUGGCCCCGUCCAUCGUCCCUUUGAUGAGGUGAAGUUGUCCUGUCCCCUUAGCAGAAAAACACCCUCAAAGCAUAAUGUUUCCACCUCCAUGUUUUACGGUGGGGAUGGUGUUCUUGGGGUCAUAGGCAGCAUUCCUCCAUUCGAUUUUGGUCUCAUCUGACCACAACACUUUCACCCAGUUCUCCUCUGAAUCAUUCAGAUGUUCAUUGGCAAACUUCAGAUGGCCCUGUAUAUGUGCUGUCUUGAGCAGGGGGACCUUGCGGGCGCUGCAGGAUUUCAGUCCUUCAUGGCGUAGUGUGUUACCAAUUGUUUUCUUGGUGACUAUGGUCCCAGCUGCUUUAAGAUCAUUGACAAGAUCCUCCCGUGUAGUUCUGGGCUGAUUCCUCACCGUUCUCAUGAUCAUUGCAACUCCACAAGGUGAGAUCUUGCAUGGAGCCCCAGGCCGAGGGAGAUUGACAUUUAUUUUGUGUUUCUUCCAUUUGCGAAUAAUCGCACCAACUGUUGUCACCUUCUCACCAAGCUGCUUGGCGAUGGUCUUGUAGCCCAUUCCAGCCUUGUGUAGGUCUACAAUCUUGUCCCUGACAUCCUUGGAGAGCUCUUUGGUCUUGGCCAUGGUGGAGAGUUUGUUAUCUGAUUGAUUGAUUGCUUCUGUGGACAGUUGUCUUUUAUACAGGUAACAAACUGAGAUUAGGAGCACUCCCUUUAAGAGUGUGCUCCUAAUCUCAGCUCGUUACCUGUAUAAAAGACACCUGGGAGCCAGAAAUCUUUCUGAUUGAGAGGGGGUCAAAUACUUAUUUCCCUCAUUAAAAUGCAAAUCAAUUUAUAACAUUUUUGACAUGCGUUUUUCUGGAUUUUUUUGUUGUUAUUCUGUCUCUCACUGUUCAAAUAAACCUACCAUUAAAAUUAUAGACUGAUCAUUUCUUUGUCAGUGGGCAAACGUACAAAAUCAGCAGGGGAUCAAAUACUUUUUUCCCUCACUGUACUAAUUGAUAAAAAUUAGUUUUUGAAUAAUAAAAAAAAUAUAUAUAUAAUCUUCGUAAAUGAUAUCAUAGGACUGGUAGAGUUGUCGCACAUGCAGCUAACAAAAACAUAUGGAAAUGUCUGCACUACCCAAAAUUACAACCAAAUAAUUGCAGCAUUACCGCAAAAAUGGAAGAGGAAAGUGGAAAGGGGAAAACGUUUCAUUUAAGGACCAAAGGAUUGACAGCCAUCCCAUAUAAGUUCUUUGUUUCUGGACAUUUUGAGCCUGUAAUCGAACCCACAAUUGCUGAUGCUCCAGAUACUCAACUAGUCUCCAGGAUGCCAGUUUUAUUGCUUCUUUAAUCAGCACAACAGUUUUCAGCUGUGCUAACAUAAUUGCAAAAGGGUUUUCUAAUGAUCAAUUAGCCAUUUAAAAUGAUAAACUUGGAUUGUCUCCCGAGUGGCGCAGUGGUCUAAGGCACUGCAUUGCAGUGCUAGCUGUGCCGCUAGAGAUCCUGGUUCGAAUCAAGGCUAAUGUAUGCACUGGAUAAGAGCGUCUGCUAAAAUGUUUUUAAAAAAUGAUUAGCAAACACAACAUGCCAUUGGAACACAGGACUGAUGGUUGCUGAUAAUGGGCCUCUGUACGCCUAUGCAGAUAUUCCAUUAAAAAUCAGCCGUUUCCAGCUACAAUAGCCAUUUACAACAUUAACAAUGUCUACACUGUAUUUCUGAUCAAUUUGAUGUUAUUUUAAUGGACAAAAAAAUUGAUUUUCUUUCGAAAACAAGGACAUUUCUAAGUGACCACAAACUUCUGAACCGUAAUGUAUGUGUAUGCAUGUAAGUGUAUAUGUGUGUAUAUAUAUAUCGAAUAGAGCCCCUACAGUAUUGUUCAAAUCUUGAUCAUGCUCUCAUAGUACCUCUCUCUCUUUCUCUCCAGGUGGCCAACCUCCUUCGUCUCUUCCAGAUCCCUCAGAUCAGCUACGCCUCCACCAGCGCCAAGCUCAGCGACAAGAGCCGCUAUGACUACUUUGCCCGCACGGUGCCCCCUGACUUCUACCAGGCCAAGGCUAUGGCAGAGAUCCUGCGCUUCUUCAACUGGACCUAUGUGUCAACCGUGGCAUCGGAGGGCGACUACGGCGAGACGGGCAUCGACGCCUUCCAGCAGGAGGCCCGCGCCAGCCAGAUCUGCAUCGCCACCUCAGCCAAGGUCAGCCGCUCGAUGAGCCGCUACAGCUAUGACCAGGUGAUCCGCUCGCUGCAGCAGAAGUCCAACGCCAAGGUGGUCAUCCUUUUCACACGCAGCGAGGAUGCCCACGAGCUGCUGGUGGCUGCCAACCGAUUGAACGCAUCCUUCACCUGGGUGGCCAGCGAUGGCUGGGGGGCGCAGGAGAUCGUGGUGAGGGGCAGCGAGGCUGUGGCGGACGGGGCCUUCACCAUUGAGCUGGCCUCCUACCCAAUCCCCCAGUUUGCUGAGUACUUCAUGGGACUGAAUCCCUACAACAACACACGUAACCCCUGGUUCAGGGAGUUCUGGGAGAAUCGCUUCCAAUGUAGCCUCCAUGACCUGGGCUGUGGGAAGCACUCUCUGCGGGAUGGCCUGUUUGAGCAGGAGUCCAAGAUCAUGUUUGUGGUGAAUGCUGUCUAUGCCAUGGCCCAUGCCCUGCACAACAUGAGGCAGGCGCUGUGCCCCAACUCCACUACCAAGAUCUGUGACGCUCUGAAGCCAGGCAACGGCAGGAGAUUCUACAGGGAGUAUAUCCUGAAGACCAAGUUUGACGGUGAGUUGAAAAGAUUGAUGAGUAUGGCUACAUGACAAGGUUACAUGACUAUAUGUAACAUAUGAUCAUUAACUCUCUUGCAUUGUGUUUUUAAAGAAAGGAAUGCCAGCCAAUGGUCCCAGUUGAUCUGUGGUUAAUUCUCUGACAAUAGACAAAAAUAAAACACAUUAGAUGUGCAGGACCGAAGUCUGUUGAUGGCUGUAGAUUUGUCUACAACAUGGAAACGACUGUGUAUUAGCAGGGGCUAAAGCGACCAUUAUAUUUCAAGCAUGCUAGCUAACUCGCUUGUGCAGCAAUCAUACAUAAGCACAUCACAGGAAGCCCCCAAUAUCUAACAGGUACCGUACACAUGUACAGUGCAUUCGGAAGGUAUUCAGACCCCUUGACUUUUUCCACAUUUUGUUACGUUACAGCCUUAUUCUAAAAUUGAUUACAUUUGUUUUUUCCCUAAUCAAUCUACACACAAUAACCUAUGCAAAGCAAAGCAGGUGUUUAAUUUUUUUUUGUAAAUUAAUACAAAAUAAAAAACUGAAAUAUCAUAUUUAUAUAAAUAUUCAGACCCUUUAUGCACCUUUGGCAGUAAUUACAGCCUUGAGACUUCUUAGGUAUGAUGCUACAAGCUUGGCACACCUGUAUUUGGGGAGUUUCUCCCAUUCAUCUCUGCAGGUCCUCUCAAGCUCUGUCAGGUUGGAUGGGGAGCGUCACUACGCAGCUAAUUUCAGGUCUCUCCAGAGAUGUUCGUUCAGGUUCAAGUCCGGGCUCUGGUUGGGCCACUCAAGGACUUUCAGAGACUUGUACCGAAGCCACUCCUGAGUUGUCUUGGGUGUGUGCUUAGGGUCGUUGAUCUGUUGGAAGGUGAACCUUCGCCCCAGUCUGAGGUUGUGAGCGCUCUGGAGCAGGUUUUCAUAAAGGAUCGCUCUGUACUUUGCUCCGUUCAUCUUUCCCUCGAUCCUGACUAGUCUCCCAGUCCCUGCCGCUGAAAAACAUCCCCACAGCAUGAUGCAGCCACCACCAUGCUUCACCGUAGGGAUGGUGCCAGGUUUCCUCCAGACGUGAUGCUUGUCAUUCAGGCCAAAGAGUUCAAUCUUGGUUUCAUCAGACCAGAUAAUCUUGUUUCUCAUGGUCUGAGAGUCCUUUACGUGCCUUUUGGCACACUCCAAGCGGGAAGCCAUGUGCCUUUUACUGAGGAGUGGUUCCGUCUGGCCAAUCUACCAUAAAGGCCUGAUUGGUGGAGUGCUGCAGAGAUGGUUGUCCUUCUGGAAGGUUCUGCCAUCUCCACAGAGGAACUCUGGAGCUCUGUCAGAGUGACCAUCAGGUUCUUGGUCACCUCCCUGACCAAGGCCCUUCUCCCCCGAUUGCUCAGUUUGGCUGGGCGGCCAGCUCUAGGAAGAGUCUUGGUGGUUCCAAACUUCUUCCAUUUAAGAAUGAUGGAGGCCACUGUGUUCUUGGGGACCUUCAAUGCUGCAGAAAUGUUUUGGUACCCUUCCCCAGAUCUGUGCCUUGACACAAUUGUGUCUUUGAUCUCUACGGAAAAUUCCCAUCGACCUCUUGGCUUUGGUUUUGCUCUGACAUGCACUGUUAACUGUGGGACCUUAAAUAGACAGGUGUGUGCCUUUCCAAAUAAUGUCAAAUCAAUUGAAUUUACCACAGGUGGACUCCAAUCAAGUUGUAGAAACAUCUCAAGGAUGAUCAGUAGAAACAGGAUGCACUUGAGCUCAAUUUCGAGUCUCACAGCAAAGGGUCUGAAUACUUAUGUAAAUAUGGGGUAUUGUGUAUAAAUUGAUGUGGAUUAUAAAUAAAAAAAAUCAAUUUUAGAAUAAGGUGGACAAAAUGUGGAAAAAGUCAGGUGUUCUGAAUACUUUCCGAAUGCACUGUAUACGUAUGCGGUACCAGUCAAAAGUUUGGACACACCUACUCAUUCAAGGGUUUUUCUUAUUUUGACUAUUCUCUACAUUGUAGAAUAAUAGUGAAGACAUCAACACUAUGAAAUAACACAUAUGGAAUCAUGUAGUAACCAAUUCGUUUUUUUAAACAAAUCAAAGUAUAUUUUAUAUUUGAGAUUCUUCAAAUAGCCACCCUUUGCCUUGAUGACAGCUUUGCACACUCUUGGCAUUCUUUCAACCAGCUUCACCUGGAAUGCUUUUCCAACAGUCUUGAAGGAGUACCAAUAUAUGUUGAGCACUUGUUGGCUGCUUUUCCUUCACUCUGCCGUCCGACUCAUCCCUAACCAUCUCAAUUGGGUUGAGGUCGGGGAAUAAUUAACAAAUUAACCAGGUCAUCUGAUGCAGCACUCCAUCACUCUCCUUCUUGGUAAAAUAGCCCUUACACAGACUGGAGGUGUAUUGGGUCAUUGUCCAGUUGAAAAACAAAUGAUAGUCUCACUAAGCCCAAACCAGAUGGGAUGGCGUAUCGUUGCAGAAUGCUGUGGUAGCCAUGCUUGUUAAGUGUGCCUUGAAUUCUAAAUAAAUCACCAACAGUGUCACCAGCAAAGCACCCCCACACCAUAAAACCUCCUCCUCCAUGCAUUACGGUGGGAACUACACAUGCGGAGAUCAUCCGUUCACCCACACCGUGUCUCACAAAGACAUGGCGGUUAGAACCAAAAAUCUCCAAUUUGGACUCAUCAGACCAAAGGACAAAUUUCCACCGGUCUAAUGUCCAUUGCUCAUGUUUCUUGGCCCAAGCAAGUCUCUUCUUCUUAUUGGUGUCCUUUAGUAGUGGUUUCUUUGCAGAAAUUUGACCAUGAAGGCCUGAUUCACGCAGGUGAAUCAGACCAAGGCGCAGCGUGAAAUGCAUACAUGUUUAUUAUAAAGAUAAACACACGAACAAAACAACGUAACGUGAAGUCCUCAGGCUAAACACAAAAACAAGCCUCUAAACGGAACAAGAUCCCACAACUAAUGAUAACAAACAGACUACUUAAGUAUGAUCCCCAAUCAGAGACAACGAGCGACAGCUGCCUAUGAUUGGGAAUCACACCCGGCCAAACAUAGAAGUAGAACAACUAGAACUAAACAUAGAAUAUACAACAUAGAUCUCCACACCCUGACUCAACAUACAAGAGUCCCAUAAGUCAGGGUGUGACAGUACCCCCCCCCCCCCCCCCCAAAGGUGCGGACUCCGACCGCACAAACCUGACAUAACAGGGUAGGGUCCGGGUGGGCAUUCCGCAUCGGAGCUGGAUCCGGCUCCGGGCCUGACGACCACAUUCUCUCAGCCUCCCCGUUGCGCCCCUGGUCAGGUCUGGACCUCGGCGCGCUGCUUCCCCUCUCCUUCCUCCCACGAUGCACCAAGCCCUGUCUGGGCCCUGGUGUGGGAGACCCCAAACCUGGAGAGGGGCUGACGUCUGGGUCUGGACUGGAGCCGCUGACCGGAGCUGGACUGGACCCCGGUGGAGCGGAAUGCUCUGGCUCCGGAGUGGAACUGCUGACCGGAGCUGGACUGGGCACCGGUGGAGCGGACUGCUCUGGCUCCGGAGUGGAGCAACCGACCGGAGCUGGAUCAGGCACCGGUGGAGCGGACUGCUCUGGCUCCGGAGUGGAGCAGUGGAACGGGCACGGGCCGUGCUGGACUGGACACACGCACCACUGGUCUGGUGCGAGGAGCAGGCACGGGCCGGACCGGACUAGGAACACGCACCACUGGCUUGGUGCGAGGAGCAGGAACGGGCCGGGCCGGACUGGCGACACGCACCACUGGCUUGGUGCGGGGAGAAGGCACGGGCCGGGCCGGACUGGGAACACGCACCACUGUUCUGGUGCGAGGAGCAGGAACGGGCCGGGCCGGAGACACGCACCACAGGUCUGGUGCGAGGAGAAGGAACGGGCCGGGCCGGACUGGGAACACGCACCACUGGUCUGGUGCGAGGAGCAGGAACAGGCCGGGCCGGACUGGAGACACACACCACUGGCUUGGUGCGAGGAACAGGAACGGGCCGUACCGGACUUGGAACACGCACCACUGGCCUGGUGCAAGGAACAGGAACGGGCCGGGCCGGGAACACGCACCACUGGUCUGGUGCGAGGAGCAGGAACGGGCCGGGCCGGACUGGGAACAUGCACCACAGGUCUGGUGCGAGGAGCAGGAACGGGCCGGGCCGGACUGGAGACACGCACCACAGGUCUGGUGCGAGGAGCAGGAAUGGGCCGGGCCGGGCUGGCAACACGCACCACUGGUUUGGUGCGAGGAGCAGGGACAGGCCGUACUGGACUGGGAAUACGCACCACUGGCUUGGUGCGGGGAGCAGGUACGGGGCGUACCGGGCUGGCGACACGCACCACUGGUUUGGUGCGAGGAGCAGGGACGGGCCAGGCCUGACUGGCGACACGCACCACUGGCCUGGUGCGAGGAGCAGGAACGGGCCGGGCCGGACUGGGGACACACACCACUGGCUUGGUGCGAGGAGCAGAUACGGGCUGGGCUGGACUGGGGACACACACCACUGGCUUGGUGCGAGGAGCAGGUACGGGCCGUACAGGACUGGUGCGGUGCACUGGAGACCAGGAGCAUUGAGCCGGCACAGCCCGUCCUGGCUGGCUGCCCACUUUCGCACGACACGUGCGGGGCGCUGGCACAGAACGCACUGGGCUGUGCAUGCGCACUGGCGAUACAGUGCGUAUCUCCGCAUACAUGGGUUCCUAUAUUAACCCACGCUCCUUAUGUUGCCUAACCAGCUCCUCUCUCCAUGCAUCUACUUCCUCCUUUUCCCUACGAGCCUCCUGCAGUGCCUCCUCUUGAAUGGAGCUCUCCCGCUCUAUUCUUGCUAUCAGCCCCCGUAAUGUGGUGGCCUCCUCUCUUACCCUGCAGAUCCGAUCCUUCUCUCUCUCUCGGCACUCCUCCUCCAGUGAGGACUCCUCCGGGAGCCCCCACGAGUUAGGGAACAGAAACUCAUCGUUGUCGUCAUCCUCCGACUCCUCAGUAUAAAACUGUUCCCACUCUUCUUCCCAUGGUCGUAGGGACUCAACCUGGAAACCCACCGGGUGCAGUGGUCGGGGCUCUUCUGUCUCGCUCCCCGACCACUCCUUUAGCCCCCCCCCAAAAUGUUAUUGGGGCUGCCUCUCGGGCUUCCUCCUCAGCCGGCGCCUUCUGUGUUGCCGUUGCUCCUCUCCUGCCUGGGCUUCGCCCAGGGUCCUUUUCCCGCAAAUAUCUCCUCCCAAGACCAAAUCUUCCCCACCUGUGUCCAGGGUGUUUGCUCCUGGGCACGCUGCUUGAUCCGUGUUUGGUGGGAUCUUCUGUCACGUUCGUUGAAGGACGGGUCAGACCAAGGCGCAGCGUGAAAUGCAUACAUGUUUAUUAUAAAGAUAAACACACGAACAAAACAACAAAACAACGUAACGUGAAGUUACCAGGCUAAACACAAAAACAAGCCUCUACACGGAACAAGAUCCCACAACUAAUGAUAACAAACAGGCUAUUUAAGUAUGAUCCCCAAUCAGAGACAACGAGCGACAGCUGCCUCUGAUUGGGAAUCACACCCGGCCAAACAUAGAAGUAGAACAACUAGAACUAAACAUAGAAUAUACAACAUAGAUCUCCACACCCUGACUCAACAUACAAGAGUCCCAUAAGUCAGGGUGUGACACUGUGUCUUGAACUCUGUGAAGCAUUUAUUUAGGCUGCAAUUUCUGAGGCUGGUAACUUUAAUGAACUUAUCCUGUGCAGCAGAGGUAACUCUGGGUCUUCCAUUCCUGUGGCAGUGCUCAUGAGAGCCAGUUUCAUCAUAUCGCUUGAUGGUUUUUGCGACUGCACUUGAAGAAACUUUCAAAGUUCUUGACAUUUUUAGUAUUGACUGACCUUCAUGUCUUAAAGUAAUGAUGGACUGUUGUUUCUCUUUGCUUAUUUGAGCUGUUCUUGCCAUAAUAUGGACUUGGUCUUUUACGAAAUAGGGCUUUUUUCUGUCUUUUUUCUGUCCCUAUCUUGUCACAACACAACUGAAUGGCUCAAACAAAUUAACUUUUAAGAGGGCACACCUGUUAAUUGAAAUGCAUUCCAGGUGACUUCCUCAUGAAGCUGGUUGAGAGAAUGCCAAGAGUGUGCAAAGCUGUCAUCAAGGCAAAGGUUGGCUAUUUGAAGAAUCUCAAAUAUCAAAUAUAUUUUGAUUUGUUUAACACUUUUUUGGUUACUACAUAAUUCCAUAUGUGUUAUUUCAUAAUUUCGAUGUCUUCACAAAUUUUCUACAAUGUAGAAAAUAUUUAAAAUAAAGCAAAACCCUUGAAUGAGUAGGUGUGUCCAAACUUUUGACUGGUAGUGUAUAUAUAGGAAAUGUACACAGUGAACUCUUACACAUUGUAAAUACGUAAAUAGAAUGCACUAUUUCAGAACGUGACCUACCACUUGGAUAGAAUUAUCAGACUGGGAAGAAUUGAUGUCCGCAAUUUCCCCCUAUCUGCAAGCAUGACCAAUGGCAUAACACCUUGUUGAUAUGUAAAUUCAACGAACCAGUCGGAGUACAUAAACGUUGAAUAAAUAUUUAUGCAGUGGCAGAAAUCCUGUUCCAUGUAUACAGAGAAAUGUGAUUUUCUAUAUAUUCUCAGAAAAGGCUAUAUCCUAAGAAGUGAUUUUCCAUGAGAAUAUUGUGUCACGACUUCCGCCGAAGUUGGUGCCUCUCCUUGUUCGGGUGGCGUUCGGCGGUCGUCGUCACCGGCUUUCUAGCUGCCACCGAUCUACGUUUCUGUUUUCCAUUUGUUUUGUCUGUAUUGUACACACCUGGUUCCCAUCACGUUAAUUUGUUUCCCUAUUUAACCCUCUGGUUCCCUCAUGGUGUUGUGCGUGAUUGUUCGUUGUUUGGUGUUUGUCUGCUGUGAGCUUAUGUAUUUCCCUGCGUGGAAAUUAGAUUUGUCUGUUACUCAGUUCUGUGUCCUGCGCCUGACUCCGUCCUACCGCUGCACAUUGACACCUGACAUAUUGCCAGAGAACAAAUAGACCACAUUCAACAGUUUUUUUUGUACUUGAUUUUUGGUUUAUGACUAAAGUCACUUUCAUCUAUAUUAUCCCUUUGUCUGCUAUUAGCCUCUCGACACAUAAAGUUGAAAAUGAAAACUGCACUGCAUGAUAUACUGCAAUCAUAAUCUGCCAAUGAGUGCCCUGCUUGCUGACAAAUUUGAUUACAUACAUUUAGAUCCAUUGUAUCAAUUCCUACCUUCCUACAGUACGUGGGAACAGUCCAGGACUAAUUCUAGUUGUUUUUAUAUAUCUGCUGAAGAUAAGAGCUUGUAAUGAUUCAAUUUGCAAAGAUGAAACAUCAAUUUCCAGCCUCACACGCUGAGGCUCAUUUUGUCACGCAUCUCAUCUGCCUGGAGUGGGUGGAGAGUGACUUGGACUACAGCCUGAAUAUUACAGAUAGGAAUCACAUAAACACCCUCAUCAGGAAACAGCAUUUUCAGUCAGGUGGUGACCAGAGAUAGUCAGUGUAACAGAUAAUUUAUGUAAAACCCUAUAGCAUCAGCACAUCUGUACAACACAAAGAACAACAACCCCACCAAGCCAAAUGAUCUAACUACUAAACCCUUGAAUGAGUAGCUGUAUGUCUCCAAGUCUUAAGGUAGUGAUGGAGUAAAAGGCGGGAAUAUUUUCAUGCAUGAGUGAUGGUGGUGGGGUUCAAAGUCCAUGAGGGUUGCUCUAGCCAAGCUAUCCAUCUCAGCCGUCCAUGUCAGAAGACAUCAGAUUGGAUUACAAGACUAGAAUCGCCUGAUAGCCUGAAGUGUAUGGAGAUCUUUGGGGAGAUGGCAGUACAGCAGGGUCACAAGUGAUCCUUCAUCCAUUACAAAGCCCCAUUUCCUCUAGUUCAAAAGAGACUAGAUGAUUCUCUAUGGAGAAUAAUGGGGCUAUUCAGCUGAGAAUGGUUAAAAUAAUCUAAAAAAAUCUCAACUGUCCAGUUGCAAGUCAGUCAUUUUGCUCUGUUUACUUUCUAGCUAUAAAUGCAUUGGUAUUUCUAUCCAUGGCUUGCAAAUUGUUAUUCCAUAGUUAGACAUUAAGAAUGUAUUAUUCCAUAGUUAGACAUUACAAAUGGAUUGAUGUUAAGAUAAAUGUUCAAUCUUUUUGACAUGGUACCAAGUGAUUGUAUAGUAACUGUUUAUUCCAUGGUGUUGAAUGAAUCUGUUGUACACCCAUAGUUGUUGGCACCUGAAUAGUAAAAAACACGUUUAAACCUCUCCUGAGGUUCUCAUUCGAGUGCAUUAAGCCUGUGUCAAAGAAAACAGACUCAACUUUCUGGCUUCAAUUAUGUAAAUGCUGGGUUUGCACCUGUGUCCCCGAUGCAUCAGUUACUGUUGUGAAAGGAAUGGAAUGUCAGAGGGGAGAUACAGAGAGGUGAAGUGAUGAAGCAGAUACAAGCUCAUUCAAUCAAAACAUGUCGACUCCAAGACCCUGGAUUCAUUGUACACAUAAUGCUAGGAAAUAAUAACACAAUCAAUUCAAAAUACGAGUCAGAGUUCAGUGUUAAUUAUAUAGUGUAUUGUUAAGGAUCAACAUUAAUUUGCUUAUUUGACUUUCAACCAUCACAACAUGACCAUGGUCUUCUCUUUCUCACCCUGCAGCUCCAUUCCGUCCAGCAGACACAGAGAACAUGGUGAGGUUCGAUACCUUUGGAGACAGCCUAGGCCGCUACAACAUCUUUCACUAUCAUAAAGAGGACGGACGCUACGUCUACCGUAAGGUGGGCUACUGGGCCCAGAAUCUGACCCUCAAUACCAGCCAGAUCCCCUGGGAGGGCCAUGCCGCACCCACCUCCCAAUGCAGCGACCCCUGCAGGAAGAACGAGGUGAAGAGCAUGCAGCCUGGAGACGUGUGCUGCUGGAUCUGCAUCCCCUGCCAGCCCUACCAGUACUUGAAGGACGAGCUCACCUGCGCCGAUUGCAAGUUCAGCGAAUGGCCCCUGGCCAACCUGACGGGCUGCUAUAACCUGCCCGAGGAGUACAUCCGCUGGGAGGAUGCCUGGGCUAUAGGCCCUGUUACCAUCUCCUGCCUGGGCAUGAUGUGUACACUCUUCAUCAUCGGCCUCUUCCUCAAGCACAACGACACCCCUGUGGUGAAGGCAAGCGGGCGGGAGCUGUCCUACAUCCUCCUGCUGGGUGUUCUGAUGUGCUACAGCAUGACCUUCAUCUAUAUCUCCAAGCCCUCCAUGGCUGUGUGUACCCUACGUCGACUAGGCUUGGGCACCUCCUUCGCUGUGUGCUACUCUGCGCUUCUCACCAAGACCAAUCGCAUUGCACGCAUCUUCAGCGGGGUGAAGGACGGAGCCCAGCGGCCGAGGUUCAUCAGCCCUGCCUCCCAGGUGGCCAUCUGCGGGGGUCUGAUCUCCUGCCAGCUGGUGGUGGUUAUGGUCUGGCUCCUGGUGGAGGCCCCGGGGGUCAGGAAGGAAGUGAACCCCGAGAGGAGGGACAUAGUCACCCUCAAGUGCAACAGCAAGGACUCCAGUAUGCUCAUAUCCCUCACCUACAACUGCAUUCUCAUCAUCCUCUGCACUGUCUACGCCUUUAAAACCAGGAAGUGCCCAGAGAACUUCAACGAGGCGAAGUUCAUUGGGUUCACCAUGUACACCACCUGUAUCAUCUGGCUGGCCUUCCAGCCCAUCUUUUACGUCACGGCCAGCGACUACAGGGUGAGUUAUCAAGUCACAUAG